AUGCCAUCUUCUUCUGAUAGUGGAGUGUCCGACAAGAUAGACCCUUUGGUUAUUACCUCGGAUGAUGAGAUGGCCACAGACCAGGAGGUUUAUACAUUAGAUACCACGAGUACCGACGAGGAUGAUUUCCAGCCCUUCGCCCUGCCAGACGUUGGAGACGAUCUGCCUUUAGCUGAUGGUCUUCUCGACGGGGAUCUACCUCUUGUCCAGAUCCCCACUCCUCUUCCUCUCGCUGCAGUUCCUGGUGACCAGGAUGGCGGGGCCCCGAUGGAUGACGAUAUUCCACCUGCUGAUAUUCCGGUUGAUGACCCUGUUGUUGAGGUUCCUGAUAUGGAGGUUCCUUCUGAUUCUUCUGGUCCAGAUUCUUUUGAGUCAGUGUCAUCUUCUACUUUCCAUGCGCUGGGGUUACAGCGAUACCCCACCGACACCGAUACCGAUACUGUUAUGUUUGAGGCGCCCGUUCCGCAGCUGGGUUUGGGGUUCAUCCCUGACUUCCCACACGAUUUCGAUUCAGACCAGGAGGUUGAGUUUAUUCCUGAGGAGCAGCCUGCUGAGGCCCCUAUUCUUCCUGAUGAUCGGCUUCUUGACAUACCUGCUGAUUAUGAGCUUGCUCACGUUGAUCCAGAGCCUGUGUUAGCACCAGGGCCUGUUCUGGCUCACGACCAUUUACCUGUGCAUGACCCUAUUCUUGUUGAUGCUACAGUCGUUGCACCACCAGUUGUCGAUGUACCAGUUAUUGCACCAUCAGUUGCUGAUGUUCCUGUUGUCAUUUCACCACUGCCCGACCCGGCCCCUGUGUUUGUUGACCGUGCACCUUUUGCCACACAGGACAUUCCUCCUCCCCGUCCAGGGGAAGGGCCUUCUACACAGCAGCACGAUCACAUGCCACCUAUGACAGCAGCCUUUUCAUUUAUGCCCCCUUUUGCACCUGCUGCACACACUGCUUUUCCUUCUUCAGCACCCAUGGGUGAGCCAUUUAUGUGGUUUUCGCCCAACGUCAUGCCUUUGUCAAAUCCAUACCAUCCUUAUCAUGUUGAGUAUAACGACGGAUGA